AUGGGCAACCUCUUCCUAGGCUUCGACAGCUCGACGCAGGCUCUAAAAGCCUCGCUUCUCGACGAGGACCUUGGCGUCCUCUCCGAGGUCGAGGUGCGGUUCGACCCGGACCUCGCGCACUUCAAUACCCGCGGCGGCGUGCUCCAUGGGUCUGAAGGGAGCGGAGAGGUUUUCUCGCCAGUCAUGCAGCCCAUCGAGGCACUCGAUAUUCUCCUCGACCGCAUGAAAGAGGCCAAGUGGCCGAUCCAGAACAUCAAGGCCGUCUCGGCCGCUGGACAGCAACACGCCUCGGUGUACUGGUCAAAGGAAGCGAGUGCUCUCCUCUCCUCGCUUGAUCCUGGGCAGCCAAUGGCACCCCAGAUGAAGGGCGCAUUCUCGCGCGACAUCAUUCCCAAUUGGCAGGACUCGUCCACCGUAGAGGAGUGCAAGGCACUCGAGGCCGGCGUUGGGGGCGCUCACGAGCUCGCGAGGAUUACGGGAUCCAAGGCCCACACACGCUUCACGGCGUCGCAGAUCAUGCGAUUCCGCACCCAUUUUCCCGAAGCGUACGCGGUGACGGACCGUAUCUCGCUCGUGUCGAGCUACGUCACCACUCUGCUCUGUGCAGAUGGCGAGGUCAAGGGCAUCGACGAGAGUGACGCAUGCGGCAUGAACUUGUGGGACAUGGCAAGUCCUGGGCGUGGCUGGAGCCAGGCUGUGCUGGACGUCAUCGCGCCUGGAGAGGGCGCCGAGCUGGCCCGUAAGCUUGGUCGGGUUGAGACCGACGGCGGACGUGUCGUCGGCACCAUUGGACGCUGGUUCGUCGAGCGCUACGGCUUCGACCCUGAAUGUGUUGUCAUCCCCGGCACCGGAGACAACCCAGCUACGUUCCUCGCCUUCUCCCUCCGCGAGAAGGAGGGCAUGGUUUCGCUGGGUACAAGUGAUGUUGUCCUCGUCUCGACGGCGGCGUAUAACCCCCACCCCGACUUCCACGCCUUCUUUCAUCCCGCCAUGAUCGCGCCGCCGUCAAUUCAGGAUAGCGCUAGAGACACGUCCGAGCCGCUCCGAUACUUCAACAUGCUCGUGUAUAAGAAUGGAUCGCUUGCGCGCGAACACGUGCGCCACAAGUACUUUAGCGGAUCGUCGUGGGACGACUUCAACGCCGCGGUUGAGCGUCUCCGCCCGAAGGAGUCGGACGCAGUGCUCAAUCGCAUGGCGUUCUGGUGGCUCCUCCCCGCCAUUAUCCCUUCUGGAGCCCACGGAGUAUACAAAUACGAGGGUGUUGAUGCGGCGACGGCGAAGCGGGUCGAUGCUUUCACCGACGUGGGGAUGGAAGCUCUGGCAAUCCUCCAAUGUCAGAUGCUCAACUAUGCGUCCCGUUCCGCCGCCAUCCUCUCUGAAGAUGACUCGGCCAGACUCGCACGCGUAUACGCUGCCGGCGGGGCAGCCCGCAACAAGUCCCUCUUAAACGUCAUGGCGGACGCGCUGGGCUGCCCGGUCUCCAAGGCGGUCGAGUAUGAUCCUGAGAAGAAGGCGUGGGGCGAGACCCAGACGAAUGCGUGCUCUGUCGGUGUGGCGUAUAAGGCCGCAUGGGGAUGGGCACGGGCAUCAGACAGGACGCGGGCAAAUAUACCAUUCGACGACUUUGUCGCAGCUGCACACGCGCGCGAACGCUCUACCCUACCUGUGGAGGCUGCUGGUGCUGCAGGUGCGCCGGGCGAGAAUGGAAAGUACGAUGCUGCUCUCCCUGGGCCGGCUGCGGCGGCGUACAAGCGCGCUAUUCCUUGGUGGCGCGAGCUUGAAGCGCGCGCGAUCAGGGAGGGCAAGGCGGGCGAGAAGGGUCUGUGA